GCAAGCAUCAAUCGUCGACUGCUCGUGUUGUGUUGUAGGCUGCGCGUCAUUCAGGAAUGUUUCUCAAUCGACUUUCACAAUGUUCACGAUUUUCCAUAGCAUUAAACGUAGGGUCAAUAAGAAGGUAUCAACUAGACACUGUAAACACUAUUGGAAGUACACCUAAUAAAAAUUCUACUGAAUUUCAGGAGAACUACAAGCAGAUGAAAGUGCUCGUCGACCAGCUCAAAAGCACAAUAAGUGAGAUAAGCAAAGGUGGAGGAGACAAGGCUAUAGAAAGGCACGUUUCUAAAGGAAAACUCCUUGUCAGGGAAAGAAUCAAUACCUUAAUCGAUCCAGGGAGCCCCUUCCUAGAGUUUUCUCAGUUAGCUGCACAUAAAGUGUACGGGAAAGAUGAUGUCCCAGCAGCUGGUGUUGUCACAGGCAUUGGCAGAAUCUGUGGGACAGAGUGUGUCAUAGUUGGAAAUGACGCUACAGUGAAAGGGGGCACGUACUAUCCAUUGACAGUUAAGAAGCAUCUACGUGCACAGGCAAUUGCUCGUGAGAACAACCUGCCUUGUAUAUACCUAGUGGAUUCUGGCGGAGCCUUCUUGCCAAAACAAGAUGAUGUAUUUCCUGAUGUGAUGCAUUUUGGACGUAUUUUCUACAAUCAGGCAACGAUGUCGUCUCUAGGCAUUCCACAGAUUGCUGUAGUGCUAGGAAGCUGCACGGCUGGUGGUGCCUAUGUGCCGGCAAUGUCAGAUGAGGCAGUCAUUGUGAGGAAGCAGGGCACAAUUUUUCUUGGUGGGCCUCCUCUGGUGAAAGCAGCCACUGGGGAAGAAAUCAGUGCCGAGGAUCUUGGAGGGGCAGACCUACAUUGUCGGCGAUCUGGUGUGGCAGAUCAUUAUGCUAUUGAUGAUGUCCAUGCCUUACACCUUACAAGAAGAAUUGUGAGCAAUCUCAAUAGGAUAAAGCCAAAGCAGCUCUCUGUUACAAAGGUGGAAGAGCCAGUACACGACCUGGAUGACAUCUAUGGCAUAGUUGGAGACAAUCUCAAGAAAACGUACGACGUCAGAGAGGUUAUAGCUCGCGUAGUUGACGGCAGCAAGUUUGAUGAAUUCAAGGCUUUGUACGGCGAAACAUUAGUUACGGGGUUUGCUCGGCUCUAUGGCUACCCUGUAGGCCUUAUUGGAAACAAUGGAGUACUCUUUGCCGAAUCCGCACAGAAGGCAUCUCAUUUUAUUGAGUUGUGUUGCCAAAGGAACAUUCCUCUGAUAUUUCUACAGAACAUCACCGGAUUCAUGGUAGGACAAGAGGCAGAAGCAGGAGGCAUUGCCAAACAUGGGGCCAAAAUGGUAACUGCAGUUGCCUGCGCUAAAGUACCGAAAUUCACUGUCCUCAUUGGAGGUUCCUAUGGGGCCGGCAACUAUGGGAUGUGUGGCCGAGCCUAUUCGCCCCGCUUCCUAUACAUGUGGCCCAACUCCAGGAUAUCUGUCAUGGGAGGUGAACAAGCAGCCAAUGUACUUGCAACCAUAACAAAGGAUCAGCGGGCCAGAGAAAAAAAGCCUUGGACUGCAGAAGAUGAGAAAGCCUUAAAGGAUCCAAUUAUUCAGAAGUAUGAAAGAGAAGGCAGUCCCUACUAUUCAAGCGCGAGAAUCUGGGAUGAUGGAGUGAUUGAUCCCGUGGACACACGAAAGGUGCUGGGCCUUAGCCUAAGUGCAGCACUUAACGCAUCGAUUGAUCCCACUCAUUUUGGAGUGUUUAGGAUGUGAAGGACUAUUUGUAUGAGGAAUUGAAUGAUAAAAUAGAUGUACAUAUCACA